AUGAGCGAGUUUUCGGGGCAUCAUAAAUCGAUCUCCAGGAGUCGCUCUCGGAGCAUAAAACAGAAUGCUGAGUAUACAAUUACGCUCAGCAGAAAGAAACCUGUCUUUGUUCCGAAGUCUAUCAAAUUUAUUCGAGGUCCUCAACCGAGGCCUCGGAAAUUCAUGAUGGACGCAAACCAAUGGGUAUCCAUGCCCGAAGUACUAUCGCAAAUAAUGGUCCAAGAAAAUUCUUUAAUCCAAGAAUCGCGCGCGCAGCAUUUAUUUCCACCAACGCCUGAAACAUCAAUGGCCGAAUUGCUAAAUAGUUUUGAACUAUCAUGCUACGAUCCCGAUGAUAUUAUGAAAACAGAGCAAUACAGAAUGUUUACAGAAAUGAUAAGUUCAAUCUUUCAAAAAAAUGUAAUCCUGUUCCUUUUAUAUGAUCAGGAACAUACAGUUACAGAAACCAUAAAAUCUGACAUUCUCGCAAAUACUCCAGCAAUAUUUAUUCUCAGAUUUAUUUACUAUUUGCCAGAAUUACUAAAAUAUGAAGACCCCGAAUCAGAAACAUCCAAGAAAAUGCAAGAAGGUAUUAAGAGACUCCUAGAUUUUUGUAUAGAAAACGCAAACGAAUUUUUUGUACUUCCAUCAUCUUAUCACAGACCGACACCACAGAUUCCAACCCACGGCCAGAAACAUGUUUCCAAGACAGAAAGUCACGGUAAUAGAGCAGUUAAAGAGAAAAAGAAGUAG